AUGGCGGACGUUCAGCCUCCGCCUUUCCGAACACUAGAUGAUUUUAUUUUGAGUUCAGCUCGAUUCUCUGUGCCAGAUGUUCGUAAUUUAGAGAAGUGGAACAACCGGAUCAUUAAUAACCUGCUGUAUUACCAGAGCAACUAUUUUGCAUCCGUCGCGGCUUUUCUGCUGUUAGUGGGGUAUUUCCAGCCUUUACAGCUUUUUCUUGGAGCAAGUGUGGUGACCCUGGUGUUUGUAGGCUUUGUUUGGGCUGCAGAGAACAAACCAGUUGUGAGACGCUUCCGGAGGAACCAUCCUUCGCUUUGUCUGAUUUUCAUCAUGGGCUCCAGCUACUUUCUGUUUUCUGUCAUAGGAGAAGUGGCCGUCUUCUUUUUUGGAAUCACCUUCCCCAUUUUAAUGGUCCUGGUCCAUGCCUCAGUGAGACUACGAAGCUUUAAAAACAAAGUGGAGAACAAGCUCGAGAGUAUUGGGCUGAAGAGGACACCCAUGGGCCUUCUGCUGGAGGCUCUGGGACAAGAACAAGAGGCAGGCUCAUAGUUUACAUGCCAAACCAUAUAACAGUCUUUCUUCUACAUCCUGCCAGGGUGAACACUAUUAGCAGUUUGCCUUAUGAUGGUUUCAACAUUUCCAAAUAUGUGCAGAAAGUGAUGAUGGGGAUGGACAUUAGGUUGACAGGAGGUAGAGUGUACAUACAAAGAACGCAUUUACUCUGAUCUCUGUCUGCUGCAACAAUAGCAUACAAGUGAUUACAAUUGGCAAGAAUUUUAACGUAUUUCCUUGUACUGGUAAAAAAGAAUGGGAAAAAAACGUACAACUUUAUCAGAGCACUAUUAAUGAAAACCUUAUGCUGAAUUAUAAAUAUCUCAAAUUAUGACCAAAGUAUAGCAAAUUUAACAGUACAACUCUUAACUUUCACAGUUUGAUUUUCUUCAAAUUACCUAUAAGUUUACUGUCUGGGACACAGCUGCAAACUUUUUACUGAUCAAAUAAAUGCUCUUAAACGUACAUUUAAAGGAAAAUUUGAGAAAGUUGUCUUUAAUACAGUAAAAAUUGGUGAUAUGUGUUAAAAUUAUUGUUCAUGAUAAUCACUGUAUUUGAAGUGUAAAUGAACAGCUAGGGUGUCAGUAGAAAAUCAUCAUACUUCAUAAUAGCAUAAAAACAAAAUCUAUAAAAGUAAUGUAGUGGAAUUCUCAAGGAACAGCUGAUUUUAUUCUAAAGUAAUUAAAAUCAUUAAAAUUGGUGUCAAGUGGGGACCAGUUAACCUAGUGUGUGAUAUGGAUGGUGAUUGGUUGUAUCCGAGCAAGUAUAAGAUCUUACUUUAAGGGGCUAAUCACUUGUUUGAACAUAUUUACUAGUCAAGUAUUUGUUGUUUUUACUUUAUGUUGAGGGUUAUACACCUUAAAUAGAUUUAAUUUAUUACAAUUUAAAGAGUGUAAUGUAAGGCAAAGAUUUUGACAAGAUAUGAUGAUUUUCUAUUUGCUCUGUACAGUACAUAUGUAAUAUGUAGGUUUAACACUAGUGAUUUUAAUGUAGAGUAAAACUACAAUUUAAAUGAUUUGCCAUGCAUUUAACAAUUCGUUUUUAGAAUUAUUUUUGCAUUAUUUUUGUUUUUUUGCACAAAUAUACAUUGGUGACACAAUUUGCCAAAUAAUUAAGCCUUUAUUACCAUUUUUUCACUUGUCAACCCUGAACAAACAGUGCAUUAUUACCACUGUAUUACCAAGUAUUACCACACUUCUUUUUAGAAAAUGAUGUUUUUAUGACAAUUAUGUUUUGUUUAUAUGCUGUUAAGCUGUUAGGCUAAUACACUACAAGUGUUAUUGCUUUGAGCCAAAAUGCUUGAAGUUUUCACAAACUUCAGUGAUUAUUUUGAAGGAAUUAAGGUUCAGUACUGUUUUUCUUUUCUAACAUUCCAGCAGCCUUUAAUAAAAUAUAUGUUUAGAGAAAACUGUUCCAUGAUGUGGACGUCCACAGUACAAGCAGUAAGGGAAAGGUUGCAUCCUCACUCCUGACUUUAACUUUUGUCCUUAAUUGUAUUAAUUAUUUUCACUGAAUGUGAUCUCAGUGGGCCAAUGUAUUAUUGAAGGUUAUGUAGUUAGUUUUGUCAAUAAAAUGUGCUUUUCAUUAUUUUAA